AUGUCUCUCCGCGCAGGAGGCCGUGGGAGCCGGGGACGCCUUUGGACGAGGCUCUCGAGGCCACCUUGGUUCCGCCGGAGUUCAGGGACGAGCUGGAGGAGGAGCUCUGGGCUACCACGCUCGCCGAGCCCGCCACGGACGCCUCGGCCUCCUACUCCUCUUCUUCCUCUUCUUAUUCUUCUUCCUCCUACUCUACGCCCAUUUCCGAUUCGGAGGUUGACAGCACUUACGCGUGCGUCCCUGGAUGAGACGACGCAAGCGCCCUCGACCACCCGCUCAGACCUCCCACUGGACGAACUGCUCGAGGACGACUUCAUUUCGGCGCCGCUGGACGAGGACGACCUCACGACCCUCACGCUGGGCGAGAGGAUCGACCAGGCCGCCAAGGAGGACGCGGAGGGCUCCAGCUACGACAAGGACGAGAUCGACCUGGGGAUCGAGGAGGCGCUGAGCGAAGACGGAAACGUGGGAGCCGAUUAUGGCGACGAAGAAGAAGAAGAAACGGGCGAAGGAGAGGUAGAGGGACGAGAAGAAGUGGGAGGAGAGGGAGAAGGAGAAGAAACGAGAGCGGAUGACAAAAUCCUCGUGGUGCUGGACGACGAAGUGAUAACGACGUCGGAGCUGGAGCCGGAGAACAGGGAGCAGGUGGACGAGGGCCUGGAGAUCCGGGAGGGGCCUGCGACGGACGGCAAGACCACAGCGUCGCCUCAGGGCCAGGAGAGGCCGACGCAGCCAGAGGCCGUGAAGGUCAGGAGGCCCAUCAGAGGAAUGAACGCAUGUCCAGUGAAGGAGGAGUUUGUGGCUCCUUAUUGGGCCAACAACACGAGAGGAGAGACGCUCGCCCUCCUCAAUCUUUAUCCCUUCGAGCAAUACGUGCAGUGGGAACGUUGCAAGUACGAACACCGCCAGAUGUACUGCCGCGAAGGGUGCCGAUGCGAGCAGCAGUACCGCCUCCACAAACUCCUGGCCUUCGACCCCAACAACGAGUGCCGGGGAAUUUUCAGUGACUGGUUCCGGUUCCCCUCCUGCUGUGUGUGCAAGUGCUACGACCUCCCUCAGGAUCUCUUCAUGGGAGCAGCUCGAGUGCCCAGGCUCAGGGAUGACGACGAAGAUGACUUUGCCUACGAGGAAGAAGAGGAAGAAGAUGAAGAAAAUUAUGAAGAAGAGGUGGAAGAAGAAGAAGACGAGGAGGAGGAGGAGGAAGACGCCCCUCGAGUGUUGGUGAACAUCCCUCCACAGCGGCGCCCCCGUCUCCCCCCACGCCCCAGUCCCACAUCCCCCCUCCCAGCAAUGGCUCCUCCCCCCUCCCCCUCCCCCGCCCCGCCCGCACCCCCGACGGAGGCCCCGGAGGUGUCGACCCUGGGCACCGUCGACGCCGCCACGCCCCACUACUACUUCAACAUCUCGAAUCACGCCCGCGCCCUCUACGCUCACUCGCAGCCCCUGCCGCUCUCCAGGGUGCCGAGGACCGCGCCCGAGACCUAGAGGGAGGCGUCGAGGCCCCGCCAAGUGGGCGUACCCCCCCCGUCGGCUGCGUUCGGGCGGCGGGCGGCGGCCUCGGCGAGAAGGGACAGGGGACAUGGAGGGAAGAAGCGCCACGAUUUUUAUUUAUUGAACCGUUGCCAUAUUUAUCUGUGGACUGAGACACAGACACAGCAAGAGGAAAAGGGAAGGAAAAAAUAUCCAUCGAGUUUCGAGUUCGUAUUUCCGUUCCUUCAAAGAUGAAUCGAUGGAAAAGAAAAGAGAUAUAUGAACCUGAAGCUCAAAAGGUAUAUUUUUUUCUUUCUUUCUUCGUAUUUUCGUAUUGUAUCUCUUUCAGUUUUGAUUUUUUGUCCUUAUCUGUUAUAUUCGUUUUUGUGCCUAACUAUCCUGUAGAAUUUCGUGUUUAUACUUACUACAAAAUCCUUAGUUAGAUAUUUUCUUUUUUUGAUCUGUCUUAGAAAACCUUUUUUUAUUUAUUGUUGCAUAGUUAUAACUGGAGCUGGUAUCCACAUUAAUAUUUAUUAGCAUUAUUUAUAUAUAAAAAGUUAACAAAAAAAAAAACAUCGAUCUUAGAAUGUUGCACUAUAGAAUGGGAGAGUUAUUAUGUAAUUAAAUCUAUAAAUUAUGAUAAUUAACUUACAAUAACCAGUGGAAUUCCUAGUUGUUGAAUCUUCUAUUUUAUUAAUCAGGUGAUUCAUGUCAAUGCUGGCUAUUUACAUGAACGCCAUCCAGUCUAUAAAUAUUUAAUAUGUUUUACUUUAUAUUUUUAAAAAGAUAUUUAGCUACUUUCAUAUUAUUGGGCU